AUGGUAGGCGCCGCACCUCCAGGUAGUAGAUCAAGACUGACCAGGAAUAGCGCAAUCUGUCUUUCGACACUACACGCACCAUCACCACCCGAGCCUGCGAAGGUUAGCAACGGCAACGGAUUAGUCGACGAAGCUAAAGUAGAAACCCCAAAAUUGGUGGCCGAACGAGAAGAGAUUUUGAGAUUGAAGGAAUGUGGCCAUGAGUUCCACGCUGAGUGUCUCGUGUCAUGGGUCGUACUUCACAAGAAAAGCUGUCCAAUCUGUCGAACCGUAUACUACCACGACGAGCCGGAAAAACCGACAGAUAUCGAGGCACAGACACAAGCAAGCGUCCGUGAACAGCCUGCAACAAUCGAGCCAGUUUCUAGCACCCAGCCGCCUGUGUCCAACUGGCAUUACUUCUGGACAGGCCGUAAUUUAAGUCAACAACACACACAACCUGGUGUACGGUCAAGUUGGCAGCAAUUCCGCAGAUUUAGAUCCUGA